AGCUGUACAUAUGUUAUCGUUGGUAACCGUAGAAGUUAUCCCCGCUAUCCACUUAGCUUCGGCAUUUGAAUUUUUUUUUUUUAAUUUUUCAUCGCUGUAGCUAACUACGAUUACAAUUACGACGUGGCAAUGGCAGCAACACAGGUUCACGAGUUCAAUGUUGAAAUGACCUGCGGAGGCUGCUCUGGAGCGGUUGAACGUGUCCUGGGUAAUAAAGCUGGUAUCGAGAAUGUCAAGAUUGACUUGCCUGGUAAGAAAGUAUUUGUGACUACUCCACUAUCGUCAGACGAGGUGUUAGAAUACAUAAAAAAGACUGGGAAGUCUUGUACCUAUGUCGGUACGCAAAAAUGAAUGCAAUCUUCUAUUCAAUUCUCUGUACAAAGGCGGCUGGCUGGUUAAUAACGUUGAAUGUUUUUACACUUCGUCAAGAAGUAUGAGGAUUUCCUGAGCAAAGACUUUCCAUGUUUACCGCUUUAUUAUCUUACAUUUUACGUGUAUUAAAUUGUAAUGGUUAUCAAAUAAAUAUUAUCACAUUUACAAAAACA